AUGACCUUGCGAUCCGACCGCGAAAUAUGGUGGACACAGAAAUCCAAUGAAAUGUCAGAGGCUCAGAAAGCCGGUCGAUCCCGGAGACUACUUAAGUUAAUCCGUACGACCGGUCCCCGGAAACCACCUGUGGGUGAAACUACCAAAUACCAGAAUGGAACGACCAUCUCGAACAAAGAAGAACGCCUCCACCGCCUCUCAUCUGCUAAGAUAUUCGUUGCUCCUUUGUCGGCUGUGAAAAGCGAAGAGCAAAGCGACUCCGGAAGUCAUUGUAGCAUCCACAUAAAUCCCCAAGUAUUUGUGAGACAGUUGUUGGUAACACUGUUGGUAACCGAUGGUGAUGUGGUUGCUUUGGAUUUAAACUCCACCAGGAGCUGCUCUAAACGCCCCCAUCCGGUCCUUAUCCAAACUGCCUGCGUCCCGUUUUACAUUUACGUGUCUCCACUUGAAUCGAAAUUUCCCGCGAUUGUACGUCGGCUUAACUCUGUGUUGCCCCAUUGGCUAACACACGCCCCCGCACCCAUAGUAAUGCGCAUCCCCUGUCCGAUCACGGCAACCUUGACGUCCGUUACGGAGCUACCCGGAAACCAACGUACUUCAGUGCAACGAGAGCAGGGAACUGCCGUACCCAGUCUGAUGGAACGUUCACAGCUAUUCCCCAGUGCUCUCGGCGGUGUUCCCUUGCUGCAACAACAAACAGAUUGUUUAACUGGCGCCAACCACCUAUGGGACAAGUUUGUUCCACGCUAA